UUUCGCCUAUGUUCGUACAUUCAGUUUGGCUCUGCAACGUGAGAAAUAAUCUGAGCAUCAGUCGUCCAGCCAGCUACCUGUGAAAUCUGAGAAUAAGUUACACUUGCAACUUGUCAACCUGCACAAGAUAUACUUAUUACUUAUUGCAUAACUGUAUUUAGUCACUGUAAGUUAUUCACUACGGUUGGUCGGUGAAGCAGUAUUUUACAUGUGUCCUUGUCCUACCACAAUCUAAUUAGCGUAAAUCAAACAAUUUGACAAAUUCUUUAAACACAAAGUUCCAAAAUGUACACGAGGUUCUUAGUUAUUGUUAUCUUGGGAUUUUGUUGUCCUUGGUCGGUUUCCUAUGGACAAAUCACAGUGGAAAGAAAAAAUAUUGUGGAUAAUGGAGGUUAUGUAAUCCGAAACGCUGUCACCUCCAAUCUGAACUAUACGGACUUGGUAUUGCAAGCCAACCCUCCAGAGUUGGAUGCAAUUUUAGGCAACGUUACAUUAGCUCCUAACGAAUUUGCACGAAACCAGAAGUGGGGAGUACAGUAUUAUGGUGGGACAACUGCGUCUUUGACCCCUGGUCUAAACCGCAACAAUACAAUGAGCGUCUACUUUCCCACUUCCGGAUUCGUCACCCGUCUACACGACCGUCAAUACACCUUUGAAAACUGUUACGGAAAUGGGGAGUUCAUAAUAAGAAAUGAAGAAAAUAAAAUGUGUCUCUGCAUUGCAGAACGAAAUACUGAAUACAUUGUUGACUUUGUCUCUUGCGACGACCGAAAUUCAACAAUUUACUGGACAUUUGAACGGUACGGAUAAUAUGUACAGGACUCAAACUCAAUUUGUAAGUUUUUAUUCGACAGAAAUGAUGAAAUAAUAAUAAAACAUUCGUAUUUGUUCAAAAGA